AUGGAGCGUGGGGCCCUGAGGCCACGUGGAGAUUUAACCACAGCUUUUUCAGACUGUGUCUUUUGCGGCCUUCGGCCUCGGCCUUCAAAACUGCGGUCUCGAGGCCGAGGGGAUUCUGCCUUUGCAACUUUUCUUUUGCUCUUGGGGGGCAAAAUGCUUGAUGAAACGGUAGGCACCAGGGCCGAAGGGAAGUCCCUUCAAUCAGUUCAUGACCGUGUUUUAUUAGGUACAAACAUUGCCCCCACAUCCCUGGAUUCUUCGGUCGCGGCCCGGGCAGAGGUCGAAAGGAUUCCAAGGGAUGGACCCUUUGCAUUUCCCCUGAAGUGA